AUGACUCUACCGGCGUUUGGUCAUGCCUUCAAGUCUCGCUACUUUUCCCUCUUAGAUCCCGAGGUGACUUUGGUCAACAAUGGCUCUUUUGGAACCACACCAACGUGCGUUAUUGAGAAAGAAAUGCAGCUGUGCAAAGAUGCAGAACGCUAUCCCGACGCAUAUUUGACUGACGAGAUUGAAGUUCUUUACAAACGGCAAGUCAGUCUCCUGGCUGAGUAUUUCAAGCUGGAUUGGCGAAACUUGGCUUUGGUGUCUAAUGCCACUGUUGGUAUCAACACCGUCUUGCGUUCAAUUCGUUGGGAUUUCUCGAGAGACAAAGUCCUCAUUCAUUCUACAGCGUAUGAAGCAUGUGCAAACACCGUGAGAUAUUUAUCCGAAUUUUUCGAUUUGCAGUACGAGGUUGUCGACCUUGAGUAUCCCAUUGAGGACGACAAGCUUCUUGAAGCUUUUGAGGAAAAACUCUCCACCGGUGAAUACAGACUGUGCAUGUUCGACAUGAUCAGCUCGAUGCCAGGAGUGAAGUUGCCAUACCGAGACAUUAUCAAAAUAUGUCAGAAAUACAACACCUUAUCUCUCCUGGAUGGUGCGCAUGCUGCGGGCCAGUUGGACCUUCAAUUUUUGGAUGAAUUGAACCCUGACUUCAUGACCACAAACUUGCACAAAUGGCUCAGUGCCCCCAAAAGCUGUGCUUUACUUUACGUCAACCGUAAACACCACGCUUCCAUUCAGACGACGCCAAUUUCUUGGAACUUUUCUGCGGAAGCGUGUCGCGCUAUCGAAAAUCCACAAACCGCAGCGGAGUUCGAGCACAAUGACCUUUUGAUGCACAACAAGUUCUGGUUUGUUGGAACUGCAUCUUAUUCUGUCUACUUGUGCAUCGAGGAGGCAUUGAGAUUCCGCCAGAAUAUCUGCGGGGGUGAGGAACGCAUCCGCGAAUACCAAUGGAAACUACAAGAAACUGCUGUCAAAGCGGUGGGCCUCAUUCUCGGACCAGGCUCUAAAUUAUUACAAAACUCGACUAACACCUUGACGACCCCUGGCUUGUUUAACAUGAGUUUACCACUAGAUGCCAAGUACUCUUCUGUUCAGCAAGAACUUUCGACGGACUUCCACAAAUUCAGGCGAUUCAAAGCCCGCUGUGAUGCCCUAGCACGCAGAAAAAAGGCCUAUGCGCCAUUUUUUUUUCAAGGUGGUGCUUUAUGGAUAAGGUUUAGCGUCCAGAUCUUCAAUGAGGUUGAAGACUUCGUGGUGGCGGCAAAAAUUCUCAAAGCCAUUAUAAAUGAGAAUUUGAAUGAGGAGCUGCUCUCCAAAAAGUAG